AUGUGGCCCUUGUCCUCCCGACCGUCCGACUCGGCCGUGGUAGGCGACGUCAAGGUGGCGCUUCCCCCGCCUCUGGGCGCGCUGGACCUGCGUGACAGGCGAUUCCAAAUAGGCUCUGUGCGCAGCGCCAGCUACCCGAGCAGCAACCCCGGAGAGCUCAGCAGCGGCAGUCAAACCAGCAAGCUCGCCCUGCAUGUGUCAGCUUCUGGCGGCGGCGCGACUGAUGAGGCCGGCCAGCAGCAGCAGCAGCAACAACAACAACAGCAACCACCCUCGGCAGGAUCCUUAAAAUACAUACUAGAACACCCACAGCAUGCAUCGUCUGCACCGUCAUUAUUAAAACACUCACACUCGUCAUCUUCCUCGUCAUCAUUAUCCCUACCACUCGACAGCAAUAAAACGGGCGUCGCAUGUAAAGACAACGGUGAGGGGAGUUCCCGUGGACCGACGCCGUCGCCGUCAAUUGGAGACCUGCAACUUUCGUCCAAAAACUCAUUAAGAAACCUUCAAUCUCAAUCGUCUGCACAGUCGACGUCAGCCCCAACCUCGACUUUGGCAACGACGAAACCCCAGGAGCGACCGAAAUCCAGAAAGGAGGAUCGCCGACUCAACAAGCUCCGCCGCCGCGCCAGGACGAUGGAGCCGCCGGUGCUCUCCUUUUACGGCGCACAGCCGGUGCCGCUGCAGUCGCGGUUCGCCACCAUCAAGCGUCGGCUGAUUGCCGGUCGCGAGAAGGAGGUGGCGGCCAGCUGGGCGCGGCUCAUCGUGGCACUGAAUGCCGAAAUGGCGGCGAUCCGGGAGACGUCGUCGUCGCUGGAGCUGAUGGGUGCGAUCGACUACGCGGACAUUGAGGACCCGGCCCGCAUCGCCGAGUUUAGCAAACUGCUCAAGCGCUUCGGGGUGGGGGUGGUGCGCGGGGUGGUGCCGCCGCGCGACGCCGAGGCCUGGGUGGAGGAGACGAGGCGGUACCUCGAGACCAAGCACGACAUCAAGCCGCCGCCGCCGCAGGACCCGACCUGCUUCGACUUUUUCUGGACGCCGGCGCAGAUCAGGGCCAGGGCGCACCCGCACGUCCUCCGCGCCAUGAAGUUCGCCAUGGGUCUGUGGGAUUCGACCGAGGAGGAUCGCAUGGCCACCCGGUUCCCCAUCACCUAUGCCGAUCGCAUCCGCAUCCACGUCAACUCCAACGCCGCCCCCGCACCUUUGGCCCAAGGCGAGCAGAGUCCCGAGAUGACAGCCGCGGCAGCCACGGCAUCUGUACCUGCACCCACCCCCGCACCAGCACCCGCACCAGCACCCGUCGCCACCGCACCCGAAUCCUUCGAGCAAGCUGCACCGUCAGCCCCGGCAUCCUCGCUACCAUCACCAACCACGGCGGCUGCUGCGGCCGACACUGCUGCAGCCGAAAACUCGGGUACCAUCAUCGCGCAGGUGGACGGCGGGUCGCUCGAGCGCUGGGAGCCCGACGGGUACGGGCGCAGCGGGACGUACGACUCCAUCUUUCGCGGCGACUGGGAGGACUACGACCCCUGGGACGCGGCGGGGCGCAUCAGCGCGACGCCCGACCUGUACAACGGCGCGGGGGCGUGCAGCAUCUUUCGCAUGUUCCAGGGCCUCGUGGCGCUGACGCAGGUGCAGCCGGGCAUGAUCCGGCUGCUGCCGUCGCCCAAGCUGGUCACGGCCUACUUUUUGCUGCGGCCCUUCUUCUCGCCCAAGAAGCCGGCCCCGGAGGGCGCGGAGCGCCAAGGGCCAGAGUGGGAGGCGUUCCUGCACCCGGACAACUGGGAGCUGGACGAGGAGCAAAACACAAUCAUCCACGGCGCGGUGCCGGGCCACGCGCAGCGCGUCACGGAGCUGUGGCACCCGCACCUCGACCUCAAGCGGACGCUGGUCACGCCGCCGGACCUGCAGGCGGGCGAUUAUAUCAUCUGGCACUGCGAGACGGCCUACACCAUCACGUCGUCAUCGCCGCCGUCCACCACCACCACCACCACCACCACGACAGCCGCAACCGCCGAGCCCAGUACCCCCGUCCCCAAGGCCGCCAACACCGACGGGCCCCGCCACGAGCGCUUCAUGGUGUACGCGCCCGCCUGCCCGCUGACCCAGACCAACGCGCUGUACAUGGCGCGGCAGCGCAAGAACUUUCUCCGCGGCCACCCGGGCCCGGACUUUGACAGCACGGGCACGGGGCUGGGCACCGAGGCGCCGCACGUGGGCAGGCUCGGCGAGAAGGAGAUCCGCGAGGUCGGCGGCGAGGAGGGGUUGAGGGCCAUGGGGCUCGCGCCCUGGAGCGCGGGGAUCGGCGGCGGCCAGAGCGACGACGGGUCGUCGACCGAGGAGGGGGCCGGCAAGGCCGACAAGAUGGACGUCGACGGCGAGAGGCCGGCCGAGGCCGACGGUUCAAAGAUGGACGUCGACGAAAAGGCGCCGGAGCUGCCCCUGUCGGCGGCCGAGGUCGAGCUGGUCAGGCUGGCCAACAUCAUCCUCUUCCCCGACAAGUACGAGUUUUACAUGGCGACGCGCAACAGCUCGCCCGACGGGAGGGAGAGGGAGGCUUCUUGAAGGGGAAGGGAGAGUGUAAUGAUGUGCAUUGGAUAUACAAGGUGGCGCGCGCAUUUAUUUCUUUGGUUUCGAUUGCUCAUUUGCUCUUUGGGGUCACCAUCUUUUGUGUAAAGCUCUGGGGUUCUUUUUUUUUCUUUUUUUUUUUUUUUUGUUCCCGUUCUGUCUUUCUCGGUCUUGUUGCGCUGUAUAUAUACAUGUCAGUUUUGUCUCGAAAUUGGCCACGACAACGUUUGACGCUUAGCCCGUCCGACAUCGUAUCCCAUGACCC